GGGCAUGCGUGCAGCCGGAUCCGAGGAGCCCGGCUCAGAGGGCCUCCCCUCCACCUCCCUGCUGGACCUCCUGCUGCCCACAGGCCUGGAGCCGCUGGACUCGGAGGAGCCGAGCGAGGCUGUGGGCCUGGGCACUGGCCUGGGAGCCCCUGGAUCGGGCUUCCCCAGCGAGGAGAGUGAAGAGUCCCGCAUCCUGCAGCCGCCGCAAUACUUCUGGGAGGAGGAGGACGCACUCAACGAGUCCAGUCUGGGCCUGGGGCCCACCGCAGAUUACGUUUUUCCGGACCUGACUGAGAAGGCGGGUCCCACGGACAACACAGGCCAGAGUCAAGAGACACCGAGUCUCCCUUCCCCGCUGCCCGGGGUGGACCUGGUGGGGCCGCCUUGGCAUGUGGCCCCCGGAGAGGAGGAGGAGCAGCUGCUGCCGGUGACCAGACCCCAGGAGGACUCCCGAAGGCAGGCCCCCGGCCUUCCGCCGACGGGCAGCAGCUGGGCCCCGGGGCCCGCUGAGCACCGGCCCGAGGAGUCAGGGGACCAGGCAGCCUCGGGGGGGGAGGCGGGCAGCAGCAUGGAGCCCGGUCUGUCCCCGCCCAGGCUCAGCCUGAGCCCGGUGACCCUAAGGGGUCAGGAUGCGGCUGGCCGCGGGGCGGGGCCCACGGCACUGCCGGCCGCAGGGCGCGGCGGCGAGUCUGGGGCCCCUCGAGAGCCCGGUGCGCAGGCCGCCGCUGCAGCCGUGGGCUUGGCUGGCUGGCCGGGUGCGGGGCCGUCCCCCGCCUCCUUCCCUCAGACGGCGGCUCCCCGUGGGGCUGAGGGCCCUGGCAGAGACUCCCUGCAGCCCGGAGCCUCCGCCUCUCUCCCGCUGGCCCCUGGAGGCACAGAGCUGACACCUUCUUCUGUGACUCUGGGGCAAGAUGACCUCAGGCAGGAGCCCCAAGAAGGGUCGGCCGGGGUGGCUCCGUCCAGAAGGCCCUGGGACUCCACGCAGGUGAUCUGCAAAGACUGGAGCAACCUGGCCGGGAAGAGCUACGUCGUCCUGAACAUGACCGAGAACCUAGACUGUGAGGUGUUCCGGCGGCACCGGGGGCUGCAGCUUCUGGCCCUGGUGGAGGGCGUGCUGCCUCGCCACGGCCGCGGCCGCCACGGCGCCUGGCACAUCUCCCUUAGCAAGCCCAGUGAGAAGGAGCAGCACCUGCUGAUGGCGCUCGUGGGCGAGCAGGGGGUGGUGCCCACGCAAGAUGUGCUGACCAUGCUGGGCGACAUCCGCAGGAGUCUCGAGGAGAUUGGCAUCCAGAGUUACUCCACCACCAGCAGCUGCCAGGCGCGGGCCAGCCCGGCGCGCAGCGACUACGGGACGCUCUUCGUGGUGCUGGUGGUCAUCGGCGCCCUCUGCCUGGUCAUCAUCGCGCUCGGCCUGCUCUACAACUGCUGGCAGCGCCGGCUGCCCAAGCUCAAACACGUGUCGCAUGGCGAGGAGCUGCGCUUCGUGGAGAACGGCUGCCACGACAACCCCACGCUGGACGUGGCCAGCGACAGCCAGUCGGAGAUGCAGGAGAAGCAGCCCAGCCUCAACGGCGGCGGCGCCGUCAACGGCCCGGGGGGCUGGAGCGCGCUCAUGGGGGGCAAGCGCGACCCCGAGGACUCGGACGUGUUCGAGGAGGACACGCACCUGUGAGGGGCUGUGCCCCGCCCGGCCCUCGGCGCAGGGC